GUUAAAGGGUCAAGGGUCGAGGCGAGGGGGCUGGAGGCAUAGUGGACCGAGCGGCCAUCAGAGAACAGUUAAGGCGGAGGUCCCCUCAACUGCAGAGCACCAACUCUCGUCCCGAGAUGUUCCACCAAGUUUGGGCGGCUCUGCUCUCUCUCUAUGGCCUUCUCUUUAACUCCAUGAAUCAGUGCCCUGAGCACAGUCAACUAACUGCGCUGGGGAUGGACGACACAGAGACCCCAGAGCCCCACCUGGGCCUGUGGUACUUUAUUGCGGGAGCAGCCCCCACCACGGAAGAGUUGGCAACUUUUGAUCCGGUGGACAAUAUUGUCUUCAACAUGGCUGCCGGCUCUGCCCCAAGGCAGCUCCAGCUUCGUGCUACCAUCCGCACGAAAAGUGGGGUCUGUGUGCCCCGGAAGUGGACAUACCGAUUGACUGAAGGGAAAGGAAACACGGAACUCAGAACUGAAGGGCGCCCAGACAUGAAAACAGACCUGUUCUCCAGCUCGUGCCCAGGAGGGAUCAUGCUGAAAGAGACGGGCCAGGGCUACCAGCGCUUUCUCCUCUACAAUCGGUCACCACACCCUCCAGAGAAGUGUGUGGAGGAAUUCCAGUCUCUGACCUCUUGCUUGGACUUCAAAGCCUUCUUAGUGACUCCCAGGAAUCAAGAGGCCUGCCCGCUGUCCAGCAAGUAAGUGACCAGUGACUUCACCCGUGUCCUAGACAGACGAGAUAGGAGCCCAGCUUCGAGUGGAGAAGCCAGCGACUCCCACCCCCCCUCGUGGAUAAUAAAGAUGAUUUGUCAGUCCUCA